AUGGCCUCGCCAGGCGACCGCGAACGACAGCCGCUGCUCGGCCACAAGCCCGCCUCGCCCUCCAAGCUGGCGCGCUGUCGGAGGCUAUUAAACGCCGACGUGUCCCGCUCCCGCGCCGACCUGAUCUUGCUGCUGUGCUACGUGGUCACGGGCCUGCUCGACAGCGCCUCGACCCAAGCCUGGGGCGCCUUUGUCUCCAUGCAAACCGGAAACACCGUCUUCGUCGGCCUGGGCCUCGCGUCGCUCGCCUACCCGCCCACCUCCCCCCGUCUCUACAAAUCCGGCACCUCGCUCCUGUCCUUUUGCGCCGGCUCCUUCGUCUUUGCCCGUUUCCACCGGUACUUCUCGCCCCAGCGUCGCUGGGUGCUGUGCGCGUCCUUUGCCGCCCAGACCGUGCUGGUCGCCGCCGCCGCCGCCAUCGUGACGCUGAGGAGGCCUGUCCCGCAGGACGAGCGGGACGGGCGGGCUCUCGACUGGACCGUCGUGGUGCCGCUGGCCCUGGUGGCCUUCCAGUCGUGCGGGCAGGCCGUGACGUCGCGCGUUCUAAAGUACAACGCCCUCAACAGCGUCGUCCUGACCAGCAUCUACUGCGACCUGUUCUCCGACCAGGACCUGUUCAGGGCUCGCAACGGGGACAGGAACCGCAGGGCCGCCGCGCCCGUGGCGCUGCUCGCCGGGGCCGUGGUCGGAGGCCUGUUGUCGCACGGGUCGUUUGGCAUCCAAGGCGCCUUGUGGAUGGCGGCCGGUCUGAAGUCGCUCAUGGUGGUGGCUUGGCUGUUCUGGCCGGCCGAAGACGACGCAAGCUGCUAG